AUGUUACGUUUGGAGGUCAAUCGGAAUGCGACCAUACACUAUCAAUCACUUCUGAUCAAAAUCAGUGGCGCUUUGACCGUAAUUAUGCUUCUUGCGGGUGUCAUCAGCAGCGUUUGUUCGAUUUUAAAUUUUCACAAUGCAAGUUCGCAACAAGUUGGAUGUGGAUUGUAUCAUCUUGCAUCGUCAGUGCCUUCUCUGUUAACGACUACAAUGUUUACAAUCAAGUUUUGGCUUGUUAUCGUCACACAGAUGAGUACAUCUAUUCUCCAGUAUGUUCUCGCAGGUGGCUGUAAGUGGAUUGAGUCUCUUCUCAAAUUUUUCUUUUAUUGGGACGCCUGGCUGUGCGCAUGUGUAGCAAUUGAACGUGCGAUGAGUAUUUACAGAGGAAUGAGUUUCGAUAAAGAGAAACGCAAACGUUUUGCUCAAUGGAUCAUCUUCAUCUUACCGAUUGUGAUUAUGGGCACGAUCACUCAUGAGCUACUCUACCGCGGAAUAUUCAUGCAUGAAAUAAAGGAAAAAUCCUACAGAAGAAACCGUGAUAGUCAGUUAUACAUGGUGUGUAACUACUCAUCCGCAAUCAGUUCAGGAUUAUAA